AUCUCAUCUGCUGGGAGUCAAAACACGGAGGCAACAUCCUGCAUCUAGCCUCUUCCUGAGGUAACCGUUGCUGCCUAAUUGGGGGCCAGACGUGAGCGCAGGAUGAGGUGUGUCUGUUUGCGUGUCCUGGUGGCUCUGGGCUCCAUUGCCCUGACCUAUGCCAUUGGUGGUGACAUGUGUGUGUCGGGUCACGACAGCGGGCCGGUGUUCGAGGAGCAGCCGGUGGGCAUGAUCUACCCUGAGGGCCUGACGGAGGGCAAGGUGACGCUCAGCUGCCAGGCCAGGGCCAGCCCGGCCGCCUACUACAGGUGGCAGGUGAACGGCACGGAUGUGGUGAUUGGUCCUGAGUCACGCUACACGUUGGUGGCAGGCAACCUUGUCAUCACCAACCCAGAGCACGAGCACGAUGCUGGCUCCUACCAGUGUCUGGCAUACAACCGCUGUGGAACCAUCAUCAGCCGGGCCGCCAACCUCAAAUUUGGCUACCUGCAUGAUUUCCCGCCUCAGAACAGGACUCCACAGACUGCCCAAGAAGGCACCGGCACCACGCUGGCCUGUCAGGCUCCUCCCCAUUACCCUGCCCUCUCCUACCGUUGGUUCCUCAACGAGUUCCCCAGUUUCCUGCGCUCGGACGACGGGCGCAUGUUCGUCUCCAAGGUGACGGGAGACCUGCACGUGGCCAAGGCUCUGGCCAACGACACUGGCAACUACUUUUGCUUCACCACCAUCAACACCGACAUCAGCACCAAGAGCAUCUUCAGCAAGCCUGUGGCCCUGACCGUGCAGCCCGAUGCCAACCCUAAGAAGUCGGCCCCCAAGAUCCGUGUCCGGUUCCCCGCUGAGACGUAUGCGCUGGCUGGACACACCACUCAGCUGGAGUGCUUCGCCUACGGCAAUCCGAUUCCUAAGCUGCGCUGGAGGAAAGUGGAUGGCGUGCUGCCUGUGAAAGCCCUGGUGAGCUCCGAGGGGCCUGUCCUCUCCCUGCCCGAGCUUGGGUUCGAGGAUGAGGGCAUGUACGAGUGCGAAGCCUACAACUCGGAGGGCAGAGACACCUACCAGGGACGCAUCACUGUGCAAGCCCAGCCAGAGUGGCUGCAGGUGAUGAGUGAUUCUGAGGUGGAGAUCAGCUCCGAGCUGCAGUGGAGCUGCCUGGCAGCUGGGAAACCCCGCCCCUCCAUACGCUGGUACCGCAACGGACAGCCACUCAGCACACAGGCCAGGGUUCAGGUGAAUAACGGGAAGCUGAAGAUCAGCAACCUGGCCCUGGAGGACUCUGGGAUGUACCAGUGUGUGGCCGAGAACAAGCACGGCACCAUCUACUCCAACGCUGAGCUCAGGGUCCAAGUCCAGGGCCCAGACUUUCGUCUGAACCCGGUGCGUAAGCUGGUGCCGGCGGCGCGAGGUGGGCAGGUGCGAAUCGAGUGUAAGCCGCGCGCCGCCCCCAAGCCCACACUCUUCUGGAGCCGCGGCACUGAGCUGCUCGUCAACAGCAGCAGGGUGACUGUCACUCCAGAUGGCGUGCUGUGGAUCUACAAUAUCAGCCGUGCUGAUGAGGGCAAAUACACCUGCUUUGCCGAAAACUCACUGGGGAAAGCCAACAGCACUGGACACCUUUCUGUGCGAGAUGCCACCAAGAUCACCCUGGCGCCAUCCAAUGCGGACAUCAACCAGGGUGAGAAUGUGACGCUGCAGUGCCACGCCUCUCAUGACCCCACUAUGGACCUGACCUUCACCUGGUCCCUCAACGGAGUGCCCCUGGACCUGGAGGACAGAACUGGACACUAUCUGCGGCUGGAGGGGAAAGAAACCAUCGGUGACUUGGUGAUUGUGAACGGGCAGUUGAACCAUGCUGGAACCUACAUAUGUUCAGCACAGACUGUUGUGGAUACAGCCACUGCUUCAGCCAAGCUGGUGGUCCGAGGCCCCCCUGGCCCUCCAGGAGGUCUGGUGGUGAAGAGUGUGACGGAGUCGACCGUGGAGCUACGCUGGAGUCGCGGCUAUGAUAACCACAGCCCCAUUGGCAAGUACAUCAUCAUGGGUCGCUCCGAGCCCUCGGGCUCCUGGAAGAAGAUGAGAACAGAGCCGCACAACAUUGAGGGGAACGCUGAGACGGCGCGUGUGAUUGGUCUGCGCCCCUGGAUGGACUACGAGUUCCAGGUCAUCGCCAGCAACAUCCUGGGCAGCGGAGAGCCCAGCAUGCCCUCCCACCCCAUCCAGACCAAGCAGGCAGCUCCCACGGUGGCUCCCAGUGGACUAGGAGGCGGAGGGGGAGAUCGCAAUGAGCUCAUCAUCAACUGGACGCCCAUGGCGAGAGAGUACCAGAACGGAGAUGACUUUGGCUACGUCCUACACUUCCGGCAGCGUGAGGCAGAGGCCUGGAUGAUGGUUCGGGUGCCGGGGGUGGAGUCGUCCCGCUUCGUCUACACCAACCAGACGCUGGCGCCGUACAGUCCCUUCGAGGUGAAGAUCAAGGCCUACAACAGCAUGGGAGAGGGACCCUUCAGCCAGGUGGCCCAGGUCUACUCCGCAGAGGAAGAGCCCACAGAGUCUCCUCGUAGGGUGAAUGCUGAGGCCCUGUCUGCAUUUGAGAUGAGAGUUUCCUGGGACCCUGUGCAGCAGCAGCAGCCCACUAAUGGCAUCCUGAGGGGCUAUGAGAUCCGGUACUGGCGGCAGCAUGAGCGGGAGGCGGCAGCUGACCGUGUGCGUACGGCCGGGCUGGAGACCAGCGCCCGAGUGGCUGGCCUGAGGCCCAGCACCCUCUACCACGUGGUCGUGCUGGCCUACAACAGCGCCGGCACUGGCCCACAGUCCCCACGGACCACCGUCAUCACACGCAAACCACCCCCAAACCGUCCCCCUAGCAACAUCUCCUGGAAGACAGAUGCAUCGUGGGUAACGGUGAGAUGGGAUCCAGUGACAGCCAUGGACAAUGAAUCAGCAGUGUUGGGCUAUAAGGUCCUUUAUAAACACGAAGGGCAGUCUGCACUGAAGGUACUGGACAAAGGUCAGACGUCAGUGAAGCUUCCGCUGCCCAAAGAUAACGGGUACGUGGUCCUGGAGGUGCGGUCGUGGGGAGAUGGUGGAGACGGCGCUGCCCAUGAGACUAUCGUGUCCCGGGACUCAGGAACUGGGAUGAUGGUACAGAACAGAGCAGGUCUUUCUAUCACCCACAACAGCGUUGUUCUGAUCACAGCAGCAUUGUGCAGACUAUUUGUCGCUGUCUUUGUAGAACAGUGAUAUCCACCGAUUUCUUCAGCUGCCUAUUUUUAUUUUUUCUGUAUGUCACCCCUUCACCUGUCUCAAGUCUUCAGCUUCUACUCCUGCACCUUGACUAGCAAUGUCAAGAAAAUGAACGCAAAUAUGCUGUUGUUUUUUGGACCAAGCGAUCCAAACAAAGGUGACAAUUGGGUGGUUUUUAUUCCUUUUUCUACAUAACAGAAAAUAAAACAAACAAAAAAUCUAGACAUAGGAAUGACAGUAUAUGUGGGUUCAAGCUGAAGUUGGCUUUCAUUGUGCACUGGUUAUUGUGUCUGUAGAAAUACUUGCCUUAUGGAACACCAACCAGGUGUGUGUGUGCGUGUGCAUAUGUGUGUGCGUGUGUGUGUGUUUUUUUCAUCUACCACUGUUUCCUCACAUUCUUGAUUGUCCUCUCUUUCACAACACACCUUUCUUUCAUCCAGAUACGAUACAAUUCUGGAGAUGGAUAACACCGUAAUAAAGUCAGUCUUGUCCCAAUGAUGUUGAAAUCAUAUACCCACCCCACUUUGUCAGAGCCUCAAAUGAAAAAGUACAGUUGAUUACAUUCUCUCAUUAUCAAAUCAGUGCAACAUUCACUGUUUGUAUUGUUUAUAUUUAUUAACUGUUUAUACUGUAAUUAUGUUUUUCUAUGUGAUACAUGACACAGGACGUAUGGAGACUUCAGUAUUUUCCAAGAUGCGUUAGGUGGACCAGGCUAUUUGGAGUCCUCCAAUUCAGUAACAUUGUUCAGACUGUUGCAUGUUAUGUAACCCUAUUACAGUAAAUGACGCUUGCUUACGCCCACCACCACAGGUGUACGAUGACAAAAAGCACCUGUUUGGAAGACUUUCUUUU